AUGGGUACUCCCUCUUUCUACACUUUAUCUUCGGGAGCUAGCAGUGUCACGGAUGAUUAUCCAUUGACGCCUUCCACCCCAUCGCUUCACGAUACAGCGAAGUCCUCAUUUCAUAUCAGUGACAUUGGGUCUUUCGCGGAGAGCUUGCAAGAUGCAGCAAAUCAAGCCUUCCCCAACCGUGGCCGUUCCCGCUACCACACCGUGAACGUCUGUCUCAUCCGCUGGGCGGAGGACACCCUGAAUAUCAAGCCGGAGCUCGACGCUCUGCACGACACCUUCUGCCAACUCUACGGCUUCAACACCGAAAUAUGGCUCAUCCCAUCCUCCGCCUCCCAAAUUCAACUAACGUCCAUGACAUGCACUUUUCUUCAGAAAUUCGACGAGGGAGGCAAUCUGUUUGUUGUCUACUAUGGCGGACAUGGGACUAUUAAUUCUGCAAGGCAGAACAUGUGGUGGUGUUCCCGGGAGCGCGAUUCACCAUUCGUGGAUUGGAGUGCCAUCCAGACAUUAUUCGGGAGCGCGAGGAGUGAUGUGUUGAUCUUACUUGAUUGUUGUGCGGCUGCUAGUUCGGCUGCUGGGAUGGGGCCAGGGACUAUGGAAGCCAUUGCUGCCUGUGGAUGGGAAACUAGAGCGCCGCCUCCGGGACAGUAUUCAUUCACGAAUACUCUGAUUGAGGUGCUUGAAGAGUGGUCAAGUAAACCUUCAUUCUCGGCGGCCAUGUUGCAUACGGAGGUGUUGUUUGUGUUGAAGCAGAAGAGGCCGGAGAGAGGGAGGGAUGGGAGGUUGUUGGAAUGGUGUGCUACGCCUGUGCAUUGGGUUUACACUGGAGACCCAAAGGCGAGGGGAAUUGAGAUUGCAAGUUUGAGGGGAGAUAGGGAAGAAUUGGGCGGUAAGUUGGUUGGGAAAGGAAAGGAGAAGGAGAAGGAUAGAGGUGCUGUGGGAGGAGGUGUGAGGAGCACGGCGUGGGUGGAUGCUAUGGAUUUGGACGAUGAAGACGUUUUGGUCAAUCCGUUGACUGAUGUCAAGCCAAAUGGAGAGUAUAGAGUUCCGCAUGUCCUGAUCUCAAUUGCUCUUGAGGGAGAUCAGGGGACGUUGGACGCGGCGAGUUGUAGGCGAUGGUUAGGAGAAUUCCCUGCCCUCGCAAAAUACGCCACUGUCGAAGGGGUCUACAAAUCCUACUCCACCCUCCUAACCCUCUCCGUCCCACUCACAGUCUGGGAUCUCCUCCCGAAUGACCCAGCAUGCUCCUUCAUCGGAUACAUCACAACACCCAACAAACACCGACCUGCCAUGCGAUCAGGCAUCAACUCGCCUUACGGAAGAGGAUCGUUUUCUUCGAUGUAUAAUCGACCAAUGUUGGGCAGACCGCGGAAAGCUGAUGGGAAGUUGAGGAGUGCGGAUAGUUCGUAUGGGUCGGAUGGCGGGGAGAGUAGUGGGAGUGAAGGGGAGGGAGAUGAGGAGUGGGUUGGCAAUGAAGCCCGUCCAUACUGGCACCCCAUGCGCCCCACCCGCCUCCACGACAUAUCAGACCAUUCCGAAGAAGACGAGGGCGACGAUUGCGCUCUUUCAGAUAGCCCAUCACCAUCCUUAUCAUCCAUUAAAACCAUCUCCAGUUUCAACUCCAAAUCCAGCUCUGCUUUCAGGUCAAGCUCACUUCCCCGAGCAUCUGGACCAAGCACCGCUUCUCAUCUUGGAGUCGAGACGGGCGGAGUCUCGCUCAUUUCAUCUAUGCUGCAAGAUCAAAAGCUAGUCGAGGAUGAAGUGCCGACCAAACCAAUUGAUAUUGAUGUGAAGGGGAAGGGAAAGGCACAAAAGAUCAAGUGGAGAUAUAGAUCCCCAGAACAACUUGCUCUUACUCCUGCGGCGGCAAGGAGGAAUCUGUUGUUGGGUGAGGAGUGGAGAGAAGUAUGGAUGGACUCAAGAAGACGGGACGGUGAGCUGGAAAGAGUUGGGAGAGGUGAGGAGAGGAGGGAUGACACUGCAAGUCGGCGGUCGAGGUCUGUUUGA